GUGGCAGAUGGUUCAGCUGGGAUGUUUAUGUGGGUUUUGCUCUUUCUCUGGAGUGUUUACUCCCAUCCUGACAAACUUUGCUGGUUUCCCUUUGCAGAUUGCCCUCGCCAGUUUCUACGAGGACGGGGGUGAUGAGGACAUCCUGACCCUGCCCCAGCCCACCCCCAGCUCCAUAUCCAGAGGCACUGGAGCCAGUGACCAUCGAGUAACCUCGUUCAGAGACCUUGUGCAUGCGCAGGAGGAGGAUGAUGAAGAGGAGGAGGGACAGCGGUUUUAUGCUGGUGGCUCGGAGAGAAGUGGCCAGCAGAUCGUGGGCCCUCCGAGGAAGAAGAGUCCCAACGAGCUGGUGGAGGAUCUGUUCAAGGGAGCCAAGGAACACGGCGCGGUGGCCGUCGAUCGGACGACCAAGGGCGGUGGCGAGACAAGCAAGCCGAAGCCUUUUGCAGGGGGAGGGUAUCGCCUUGGGGCUACUCCCGAGGAGGAGUCGGCUUACGUGGCAGGAGAGAGGAGGCAGAACUCUGCUCAGGAUGUGCAUGUUGUACUGAAGCUCUGGAAGAGUGGAUUCAGUCUGGAUAGUGGAGAGCUGAGGAGCUACCAGGAUCCAUCCAAUGCCCAGUUCCUCGAUGAUAUCCGCAGAGGGGAAGUCCCGGCCGAGCUGCGCAGGUUAGCACGGGGAGGACAGGUGAACCUGGAUAUGGAGGAUCACCGGGAUGAGGAGUAUGUGAAACCUAAAAGUGUCUUCAAGGCUUUUACUGGAGAAGGACAGAAGCUGGGCAGCACCGUGCCCCAGGUGAUGGGCACCAGCUCACCAGCCCAGCAGGCAGAGAACGAAGCCAAAGCCAGUUCUGCCAUCGCGAUCAAUGAGUCGGAGCCCGUCACCAACAUCCAGAUCCGGCUCGCUGACGGUGGGCGACUGGUCCAGAAGUUUAACCACAGUCACAGGAUCCGUGACAUCCGGCUCUUCAUAGUAGAUGCUCGGCCAGCGAUGGCUGCCACCAGUUUCGUCCUCAUGACCACCUUCCCCAAUAAAGAGCUGACUGACGAGAACCAGACCCUGAAGGAAGCCAACCUGCUCAACGCUGUCAUUGUUCAGCGGUUGACAUAGAGGACCCCAGCUGUGGCCACACGCCUGGCGCGGCGCACGGGGCCGUCCCCUCCCGCGCGGUGCCACACGGGCCCACAUCUGCUCGUAGCUCUGGGUUCUUAGGUCUUGGUUGGACUUUUUUUCUCUUUAGUUGCAUUUCCGAUGGGUUUUUUUUUUUUUUUGUGAUGAUGAUCAGUGGACUUUAAAAUAAAUAAAACGAAACGAAUCCGUUUUGAAAGGAGCCGCAGCCUAUUGUGCCCCAGAUUCUCCCAGGAGAGUUCAGUUACCUUUGUGGAUUGAGUUACUGCGCUCAGAGAGAGGUGGAAGGCGAGGGGGAAGGGAGCUUCAGGGAGCAGUUUCUGUCUGUUUACUGCUCACCACAGUCCUUUUGCUCUUCCCUCCAGGGACUGCUGCAAAGUAGUCCCUUUUUUUUUCUGCACAUUAAAUAUAAACUAUCUGAGAAUUGGUGAUCUGAUUGUCAGGAUAGUGGUUACACUUCUGUAAAAGCCUUAUGGGGGAAGUCUUUGUGAAAGAGCUCAGUGUGGGGAAAACUCCAGCAUCUGAGGUGCAAGGUUUAACACUUCCCAGGCUUUUCCGGAGAGAAAGCCCUGACUUUCCUUCCCUCAGCUGAACUCUUGGGGCGUUCAUUGCAGUCCCCACCUGCUCUGCCUGUGCUUUCCCUGGCAGGCCAGACCGGCUGCAGGUUUAAUUUGCUGUAUUGCAUUUCUCUGAGAAACCCUGCUGCUGACUUCUUCUUUCCAAGAAGGUACAAAGCUGAAUCAGCUUGAACUGACUGGAAGUAAGAGACAAACAGAGUCUAACUGGAAAGCAAGUUAUAUCCUAAGAGGUGAAUUAUUGAGAUGAUGGCAACAGCUCAGGUGGAAAAACGCAAGGCUGUAUUUGAUGUAUUUCCUCUCCUCUGCUGAGGACUAACAUAGCUGAACACCUGGAGUUCUCCA